AUCAGCUCCUAAUAAUAAUACAACAGUACACUCCGAUAUCUCCAAAUUAACAUGGUUCCUCCAGCGAAGUCGUCAAAGCUAAGGUAUGUAGUGAAAACAGUGUACCAUUGUGUUGUGAGCUACAUCGUUGUCUUCAUCCUUGUACCCAAGUUGCUUCCUAUCCUAAUUCAUCUUCGCCCCUCCGACCUCCUAAAGCAAUGCGGCGGCGGCGGCGGCGGCGGCACUCCAAUCCAACUCCUAUUCCCUGCAGCUACUUUUCUACUACUGAUCAUCUACGUAGUAUCCUCUUUCUACCGACCUCGAACCAUCUAUCUCGUCGACUAUGCUUGUUUCAAGCCCCCUUCCAUGUGUCGUGUCCCUUUCUCUAGGGCAUUGGAACACGCACGUAUUUUGAUGCCCACACAGCCUAAGAACAUCCGUUUUCAGAUGAAAAUCCUGGAGCGCUCUGGUCUUGGGGAGGAGACCUGUCUCCCUGUCACUUUACAUGGCAUCCCUCCUAUUUCCACCAUGGAGCUUGCCAGGGAAGAAGCCGAGCUCGUCAUCUUCUCCGCCAUGGACCAACUUUUAGCUAAGACUCAGCUCAACCCUAAAGACAUCGACAUUCUUGUGGUGAAUUGCAGCUUGUUCUCCCCCACUCCCUCCCUUUCUGCCAUGGUGGUUAACAAAUACAGGCUGAGGAGUAACGUCAAGAGCUUUAAUCUCUCUGGGAUGGGGUGCAGUGCGGGGCUGAUAUCCAUAGAUUUAGCUCGGGACUUGCUUCAAUCCUACCCUAACUCCAAUGCCGUCGUAGUUAGCACCGAGAUUCUCACUCCAAAUUCUUACAUGGGGAAAGAGAGAUCAAUGCUUCUUCCAAAUUGCCUAUUUAGAAUGGGAGGCGCUGCGAUUCUGUUGUCGAACAGGAGGUCAGAUCGGCGGCGAGCCAAGUACAGGCUCCUCCACGUUGUUAGGACGCACAUGGGGAACAAUGAUGAUUCCUACAAAUGCGUAUUCCAGCAGGAGGAUGAAGAAGGGUUCGUGGGAAUAAAUUUGUGCAUAAACCUUAUGCAAGUGGCGGGUGAUGCAUUGAAGUCAAACAUAACAACCAUAGGUCCUCUUGUUCUACCAGUAUCCGAGCAAAUCAAGUUUGUUCUAGCACUCAUUGCUCGCAAGAUCUCCAAAUCAAAAUCUGGAUUCAUCAAACCCUACGUCCCCAACUUCAAACGAGCGUUCGAUCACUUCUGCAUCCACGCUGGUGGGCGGGCUGUGAUAGACGAACUGCAGAAAAGUCUAGACCUCUCGGCUGAGCACGUAGAGGCGUCUCGAAUGACGUUACACCGGUUUGGGAACACGUCGUCGUCGUCUUUAUGGUACGAGAUGAGUUACAUUGAGGCUAAGGGGAGAAUGAAGAAAGGGGAUAGGGUGUGGCAAAUUGCGUUCGGGAGUGGAUUCAAAUGUAACAGUGCAGUUUGGAAGUGUAACAGGAGCAUUAAGGCACCAGUAGCGGAUAGUCCAUGGGCUGAUUGUAUUCAUCAAUAUCCAGUUCAUAUUCCUGAAGUCCUCAAGCUAUAAUUUACUCCCCUGCUCCGAUCCCUAUCCUAGCUUGCGCGUGGCUCUACCUUAUUUAAUUACCUAAAAAACCCGCCGUCUUCGAUCAUCUAUCUCAUCUCAUCUUCUGUUCCGUUCUUCUAUUCCUAUUCCUAUUCCUGUUCUUAAUUAUUUUGCACGCUUGCUUUGAUAUGA